AUGUCGUUGGCCAACGGCACCUCCCCUUUUGCUCAGUCGUCAUCAUUCCCUGCAUCACACACGCGGAGCGAUAACGUGCGAGGCCGAGGCCACGCACAAGGGCAACGCACACGAGCUGGCGUGCCUGCCUCCGAAGGGCGUCAGUGCCUCCGCCACCGGGCCGGAGCGGAGGAAGAUAGAAGGCCAAGAGAGCAGGGGGAUGGGAAUAAUAAAGGCAGCCCACUCAGAGGAGACCUCUGCAGUGUGACUUUGCCGUGGGGGCGAGUCGUCGUUAGGUCCUUUGUUUCCCUUUCCUUUCGCGCCGCGCCAGGGUCUUGCCCGCGAGUCGUUACAGACGGCGUGACCCCCGGCGCGGGGUGGGGGGGUGGCGGCAGCCGCGGCGACGGAGGCGGUGAUGGUCGGCGGUGCGGACAGGAGAAGGCGGCGCAUGGUUAA